AUGGCAGAGCUUUCUGAGACAGAAGGGCCAGUAGAUUGGAAAGAACGUUGUGUAGCCCUGGAGUCCCAGCUCAUGAAAUUUAGAGUUCAAGCAAGCAAGAUACGAGAGCUCUUAGCAGAGAAGAUGCAACAGCUUGAGAGACAAGUUAUUGAUGCUGAGCGUCAAGCAGAAAAAGCUUUUCAACAGGUACAAGUUAUGGAAGAGAAGUUAAAAGCAGCUAAUAUUCAAACCAGUGAAUCAGAGACAAGGUUGUAUAAAAAGUGUCAAGAUCUGGAAACUCUAAUACAGGAAAAAGAAGACAUCAUUCAAAACUUGGAACUGCAACUUGAAGAGCAGAAACAAAUAAGGAUUCAAGAAGCUAAAAUAAUAGAAGAGAAAGCAGCUAAGAUCAAAGAGUGGGUAACAGUUAAGUUGAAUGAGUUGGAAUUGGAGAAUCAGAAUCUUCGUUUGAUCAACCAAAACCAAACUGAAGAGAUAAAAACAAUACAGUCGAAACUACAAGAAGUUCAAGGAAAGAAGUCAGUUGUUUCCACACCAAAGCUUUCAGAAGGCCAGCGUCUGAGCAGUCUGACCUUUGGGUGCUUUUUGUCCCGAGCAAGGAGUCCUCCUCAAGUUAUAAAAUCUGAGGAAACGAGCAAGAUAUCAUCUAAAGAACCUGAGUUCACGGAAGGAAAAGACAUAGAAGAGAUGGAAAUUCCAGAAAAAUCUGUUGAUAACCAAAUUCAAGAAAACAACCGAGGUCAGAGAACACUGCAUCAAGGCCCCUGCAUGUCAGAGCAGACGCGUAAAACAAGGACGAGCUUUGUGAUGGAUGGUGGCGCAUCCCAGAACUCUGGGGCUCCCGGGAGUGACUGGAGUUCCGAUGAGGAAGAUGGGAGCAAAGGAAGAUCCAAGUCGAGGUACACGUCUACGCUUUCCAGCCACACGUCAGAGGAGGGGGUCCAAAGUAGUAGGGUGGGCAGUGAGACGUAUCUCACAGCCUCUGACGACAGCAGUUCAGUAUUUGAAGAAGAGACCUUUGGCAUAAAGAGACCGGAACACAAGAAGCUGUAUUCUUGGCAACAGGAGGCACAGUGGAAGGCUCAGAAUUGUCCUCUCGGAAAGGGAACUUCUGGAUCAAGGAAAAAGGAGCGUGAUAGUUCCUCAGACGAACUCAAUAAAAAAUUUCAGUCUCAGAGGUUGGAUUAUUCGUCUUCCUCGAGUGAAGCCAACACCCCAAGCCCUAUUCUGACCCCAGCUUUGAGUCCCAAGCAUCCUAACCCACUCCUUGGAAAAGGCACAGAACUAGGACCUUCCUCAACUCUGCCACCCCCCAAAUUAAGGAUUCCUAAUAUUUUCAGCUUAAGCAUCGCACUAGCCAAAAGGCACCUAAGCCAGCCACAGUUAAGUUCCGACAGGAUGUUUGGCACAAACAGAAAUGCUAUAAGCAUGAUACGCCCACUGAGACCUCAGGAAACAGAUCUUGAUCUAGUUGAUGGCAACAGUACAGAAAUUUUAGAGACCAUGGACACUAAUUGUGAUGAUGGAUUAUUUUCCUAUGACUGCUUGGAAUCCCCAUGUUCAGAGGACCAGGAAGCCUGCGAUUCAGCAAAGAAGGCAGCCUGUGGCAAACCUCCAACUCCACCUCUGCACCGGUUUCCCUCUUGGGAAAGCAGAAUUUAUGCUGUAGCCAAAUCAGGCAUUCGAAUGUCUGAGGCCUUCAAUAUGGAGAAUGUUCAUAAAAAUUCUGUUGCAAUGCUUUCCUACACCACAUCAGGACUUUAUACAUCUCUGAUAUACAAGAACAUGACAACCCCAGUGUAUACGACAUUGAAGGGGAAGGCGACCCAGAUAAGCAGCAGCCCGUUCCUGGAUGAGUCCUCUGGGUCAGAAGAAGAAGACAGUUCAAGAUCCAGCUCCCGGACCUCGGAGUCAGACUCUCGCAGUCGGAGUGGGCCAGGCAGCCCCAGAGCCUUGAAGCGAGGUGUGUCUCUUUCUUCUGUGGCCUCUGAAAGCGAUUAUGCUAUUCCCCCAGAUGCUUACUCCACAGACUUGGAGUACUCACAGCCAGAGCAGAAGCUCCUGAAAACUUGCUCAUCUUCCAGUGAUAAUGGGAAAAAUGAACCACUGGAAAAAUCUGGCUACUUAUUAAAAAUGAGUGGUAAAGUCAAGACUUGGAAGCGGAGAUGGUUUGUUCUUAAAGGUGGUGAAUUACUUUACUACAAAUCUCCGAGUGAUGUAAUCAGAAAACCACAGGGCCAUAUUGAACUUAGUGCAUCCUGCAGCAUUUUAAGAGGAGAUAACAAGCAAACAGUUCAGUUGACCACUGAAAAACACACAUACUAUCUGACUGCAGAUUCCCCCAAUAUAUUGGAGGAAUGGAUUAAAGUGUUACAAAACGUUCUUCGAGUACAAGCUGCCAACCCCCUUUUCCUGCAACCUGAGGGCAAACCAACGGUGAAGGGAUUGCUCACCAAGGUAAAACAUGGUUAUUCCAAGAGAGUCUGGUGUAAACUUAUAGGAAAAACAUUAUAUUAUUUUCGUAGUCAAGAAGAUAAGUUUCCUUUAGGUCAGAUCAAACUCUGGGAGGCUAAAGUUGAAGAGGUUGACAGAUCCUGCGAUUCAGAUGAAGAUUAUGAAGCCAGUGGGCGAAGUCUGUUAUCCACACAUUACACUAUUGUGGUCCAUCCCAAAGAGCAAGGUCCAACUUACCUACUAAUUGGAUCCAAGCAUGAAAAGGACACUUGGCUUUAUCACCUGACUGUUGCAGCUGGAAGUAACAAUGUGAAUGUUGGAUCUGAAUUUGAACAACUUGUUUGCAAGUUGCUAAAUAUAGAAGGGGAACCUUCCUCUCAGAUAUGGAGACACCCUACUUUGUGUCACAGCAAAGAAGGACUCAUUUCCCCUCUGACAACACUACCUUCAGAAGCUCUACAGACAGAAGCAAUUAAAUUAUUUAAGACCUGCCAACUUUUUAUAAAUGCAGCAGUCGACUCUCCCGCAAUUGAUUACCACAUAUCUCUAGCCCAGAGUGCUUUGCAAAUCUGUCUGACACAUCCUGAGCUACAGAAUGAAAUUUGCUGUCAGCUCAUUAAACAGACAAGAUGGAGACAGCCACAGAAUCAACCAGGACCUCUGCAGGGCUGGCAACUCUUGGCGCUCUGUGUUGGGCUCUUCCUUCCCCAUCAUCCUUUCCUGUGGCUCCUCAGGCUCCACCUAAAGAGAAGUGCAGAUUCCAGGACAGAAUUUGGAAAAUAUGCCAUUUACUGCCAGAGAUGUGUAGAAAGAACACAACAGAAUGGAGAUCGAGAAGCAAGACCCUCAAGAAUGGAGAUUCUUUCCACCCUUCUUCGAAACCCAUAUCAUCAUUCUUUGCCCUUCAGCAUCCCUGUGCACUUCAUGAAUGGAAUAUAUCAGGUCGUUGGAUUUGAUGCAUCCACCACAGUGGAAGAGUUUUUGAAUACUUUGAACCAAGAUACAGGAAUGAGGAAGCCAGCACAGUCUGGAUUUGCAUUGUUCACAGAUGAUCCUUCCGGCAGGGAUUUAGAGCAUUGUCUUCAAGGAAACAUCAAGAUUUGUGACAUUAUCUCUAAAUGGGAACAGGCUUCUAAAGAACAACAGCCUGGAAAAUGGGAAGGUACGAGAACUGUUCGUCUCACUUAUAAAAACAGAUUAUAUUUCUCAAUGCAAGUUCGAGGAGAGACUGAGAGAGAAAAGUUGCUGUUGAUGUAUCAGACAAAUGACCAAAUAGUAAAUGGACUUUUUCCUCUGAACAGGGACCUGGCAUUAGAAAUGGCAGCUCUUUUAGCUCAGGUGGAGAUUGGAGAUUUUGAAAGACCUUUUUCCACUCCAGCAGGUCAUGUUACUAAUCAGUGCAAAGCAAAUCAAACUCUAAAACAAGUCAUAGAGAAAUUUUAUCCUAAAAGGUAUAGAGAUGACUCUUCUGAAGAACAGCUAAGGCAGCUUUGCCAGCGACUGUCAACCAGAUGGAUGGCCCUCCGAGGACACAGUGCUGCUGACUGUGUGCGAAUCUAUUUGACAGUCGCCAGGAAGUGGCCAUUCUUUGGUGCCAAAUUGUUUCUUGCAAAACCCAUAACCCCAUCAUCCCUUGGAAGUACGUUCAUGUGGCUGGCUAUACAUGAGGAUGGUUUAAGCAUCUUAGAAUACAACUCCAUGAGGUUAAUAGUCAGCUAUGUAUACAAGAGUCUAAUGACCUUUGGAGGUUAUCAAGAUGAUUUUAUGGUGGUCAUUAACAACGCACAUUCAAAAGACAAACCAACAGAGAAAUUGAUUUUUGCUAUGGCAAAACCCAAGAUUCUUGAAAUCACCCUUUUGAUCGCCAGCUACAUAAACAACUUCUACCAGCAAAAGGCGGUUCACCACCUCUCUGCUCCAGCGCUGCUCUCAGCUCAGACCCAGGGUUUCCAAGCCAGGGUGAUGGGAAGCCAGCCCCUUCUGGCAAGCAGCAGACCAACCAAAGGCCCCACUUUGCUCUGA